UGAAAAACCUGUCGCUUCUCGCCUUCCCCUGUCCCUCGGCUUUUCUCUCCUAAAUUUCAACAAAAAUAGAGAGACAUUCAAAUCCAAAACCCUAAUCCAACAAGCUUCAUUCCCAAAGAGAAUCUUGGUAAACAUUUACAUACACACAUUGAAAUUGAAACACAAACUUAGCUGAUAAGUCGUUAAUCUCUUCAGUUUCACGUACAAUUAUUAUUACAAUUCUUGGACGGCGGUCCCUUUCUCCUUCCAUUUCUCAAUUGCUUAUGCUGUUUUUUCCCCUCCUUAAUUACUCAUUUGGGUUUGAGAAUUUCAUAUUCAAUUCCUCAACAUAGCCACUUAAUUUCUCCUGGAAACCCAAAGUUGAGGGUCUCGAAACUUAUUUUCCCUUUUGAAAAGGUCAUGCAUCGGAAGAGGGUGGUUGACUGCUUCAAAUGCUUCAAAUUUCAUUCCAUUUUGAGGGGUUAAAUUUUGGCUUGAUAUUUGAAUUCAGAUGUGUAUAGUAGUAACAGAUAUUGGUGGAGAGGAGCAUAGUGAUAGAUGGGAAAUAAUUGUGUUCAUGCAAAGUUUUCAAAGGAUGGGUUCUUCAACUUAUUCUUUUGGCGGUCUCGAUCACCGAAUAUGAUCACAAAUAAGAAAAAAGAAAAGGCUAUUGAAGAACCUUCUACAGACAAACAGCCCGAACGUCCUAACUCUUUUCAGAAUCAACCCCCAGAAUUGGUGAAGAUAGACAGAGAAGAGAGUAAACUAUCUGAUACAAAAGGGCCUGAGCAGGCUAUUAAAGUGAAGGAACAGAAGAUAGACGCUCAGGUAGUUAAACCUGAGAAGAUGUCAGUUGAUUCGAAACCUACAGUAGCAACGGGACCUGAAAAUUUUGGCAACACAAUCCAUGAAAAGGCAAAACCAAAAGAGCCCGCGAAACCGAAGAAGCCACAUCACGUCAAGAGAAUGCUUAGUGCAGGACUCCAGGUUGAGUCGGUGUUGAAAACAAAAACCGGUCUUCUGAAGGAGCAUUAUGAUUUGGGGGAGAAACUUGGACAUGGGCAAUUCGGGACCACAUUCCUCUGUGUUGAAAAAGCAACAGGGGAAAAGUAUGCUUGUAAGUCUAUUGCGAAGAGGAAAUUAUUGACGCCUGAAGAUGUGGAAGAUGUAAGGAGAGAAAUUCAGAUAUUGCAUCACUUAUCUGGACAUCCUAACGUCAUUUCAAUAAAAGCAGCGUAUGAGGAUGCUGUUGCAGUUCAUGUUGUGAUGGAAUUAUGUACAGGGGGUGAGCUCUUCGAUAGAAUUGUUAAGCAGGGACAUUAUUCCGAGAGAAAAGCGGCUGAGCUUUCAAGGACAAUAGUUAGUGUAAUAGAAGCCUGCCAUUCUCUAGGAGUGUUGCACUUGGACCUUAAGCCUGAGAAUUUUCUCUUUGUCAAUGAGGAAGAGGAUUCACCUCUAAAGAUUAUAGAUUUCGGGCUAUCAACGUUUUUCAAGCCAGGGCAAAUAUUCUCUGAUAUUGUUGGAAGCCCUUAUUAUGUUGCUCCAGAAGUUCUGCUUAAGCGAUAUGGUCAGGAGGCUGAUAUCUGGAGUGCAGGUGUAAUAAUUUACAUUCUUCUCACUGGUGUACCUCCAUUUUGGGGUGAAAGUGAGCAGGAAAUAUUCGACGAGGUUUUACGUGCCGAUAUUGACUUCAUAUCAGAUCCUUGGCCUAACAUUUCUGAAGAUGCAAAAGAUCUGGAAAGGAGAAUGCUUGUUAGGGACCCCAGAGAGCGACUUACCGCACAUGAAGUUCUAUGCCAUCCCUGGGUGAAGAUUGAUGGUGUGGCUCCAGAUAAGCCUCUUGAUUCUGCAGUAUUGAGUCGCUUAACACAGUUUUCUGCCAUGAACAAGCUUAAGAAAAUGGCUCUCAUGGUUAUUGCUGAGAGUCUUUCUGAAGAGGAAAUUGCAGGCUUGAAAGAGAUGUUCAAAAUGAUUGACACAGAUAACAGUGGACAUAUUACUUUAGAUGAACUGAAGAUUGGACUAAAGCAAUUUGGGGCUGAUCUUAGUGAGACUGAGAUACAAGACUUGAUGAAGGCGGCGGACGUUGACAACAGUGGUACCAUUGACUAUGGGGAAUUCGUAGCUGCAAUGCUUCAUGUCAACAAAGCUGAGAAAGAAGAUUAUCUUUCUGCUGCUUUUUCAUAUUUUGACAAAGAUGGGAGUGGGUAUAUUACUGCAGAUGAAAUUCAAAAGGCUUGUGAGGAAUUUGGCAUAAAGGAUGUCCGCUUGGAUGAAAUCAUUCAAGAAGUUGAUCAAGACAAUGAUGGCCGGAUAGAUUAUAAAGAGUUUGUGGCGAUGAUGCAGAAAGGAAAUGCAAAUUUGGGCAACAGACGGUUGCCUAAUAAUUUUAACAUCGGAUUUAGGGACCCAACAAAAGUCUGCUGACACAGAAAGAUAUUUGUACUUGUUUAUUAUUAAUUUUUCUCUUCUUUCUGUUUUUAGUUUUUCUCCUUCAUCAUCUUCCCAUGAUCUUUGUACUUACUUUUUCUGUUUGUAAUUUUUCUUCUUUUGUCAUUUCCCUCAUGAUUUUGAAGUGUACAGAAGUAUAGUAGGCUCAAGCAUCAGUUGAUGUUGGUUCAUAACAA